AUGAAAGGGAAUUUUUAGACAGAACCCGCGGAAGAGAGCCAAAACCCGUAGCUUUUGAAAUCCUACCCUCACGAUCGAUCUCAGUUGUGUGAGCGAUUUGCGAACUGUAGAUGGGGCUGAUAUUGUGGACCAUCAGUUUUCUCAUCGACUUAGCUCUCAUGGCAUCCACCUUUUAUCAGAUUGUGAUCUUGACGGACUUGGAGUCUGACUACAUAAACAUUUACGACACAGCAUCCCGCAUAAAUCACAUUGUUGUCCCUGAGUUCAUUGUGCAAGGAGUACUCUGCGCCAUUUUCCUUGUGACGUGGCAUUGGUUCAUGUUUCUGAUCACAGUUCCUCUUACUUGCUACCAUGUGAUGCUGUUUUUGAAACGGCAGCAUCUUUUUGAUGUCACCGAAGCAUUCAGAUUUCUUAGUGCUGAGAAGAAGUUUCGGUUGAUCAAGCUUGGUUUCUACUUAGUGGUGUUCGCCAUAGUCACUGGCAGGCUUGCAUUAUCUGCUUUUGAAUAUUUAGCUGAUAUGGAUGAUGCCGAGCAUUUGUUUUAAUUAUCAGCUGUUUGAGCAGUAUGGUAGCCACUCAUUGUCAAUUCCUAGUGGUUAAUCAUACGAAAUGUUGAAGCGUCACACUUGGUAACUCAUCUCAAGUAAGCCCUCUGUUUAUUGUACAUUUGGUUUAACAUAGCCGGACCAUCACAUAUAUAAGAGAUAUGCUGGCGCUAUAAACAGAUGGGAUAAUACCUGAGAGCUGGCCAAGCCUGUGGUUCUGCAAAGCAAAGCUGGUUUGGCCCAAGAUUAGUUUCCUGGGCUCCCUCACUACUCCCAGGCUGUUGCCACUUGCCAAGCCUGCUUUAGCCUGAGAUAAAUAUGCUCAGGUUGGGCUGGGGCGUCUGGAUUUUGGUAGCACAAAUGGAGUUGUGAUGGGCUUGCUAACGUUUGCAUGUGUUCCUAAAUACGGAUAGAGAUCCACAACAAUUAUUUAUCUGAAUUGCUAGCAAUUUGAGCAUAUAAUGUUCAAAUAAAUUUUGAACCGUCUAGCCACCUAUUUGGACUGUGAGCCCUACAUGAGUUCUCUUGCAUUACUAUCUGUUCAAAUUGCUAACAAUUUAUGGCAACGAUGGAUCCUUAUUCUUCUUGGUUGAUAAG